UUCUAGAAAUCUCCUCUGUUCCUAUGUAACGUGAAUUACACCUGGUAAUUCGUCAACCUGGUACUUGGUUCACUUCUGCCUAUUUCAUCUGAGGAUCUUCAACGCCAAGUCAAGUUUCGGUGAUUCACGUGACCUGAUUGAUCUGAGCAGGGCUCCGAAUCUGUUUCAACGAUCAGUGUUUCAGGAUCACCGCACUGGUCGCAUCAGGCCAUAUGGCAACGUCUCCGAAAUACAUCGAGAUAUUCAUCGCCAAUAUGCCUUUCAUCAUCUGUGAUUAAUAGCUGUCUCUAUCCCGUUGUCACACCGUUCGCGCUCAUCGAAGAGCGUUGGGGCCUGACCAUCACAGCCCGUCAUGGCCAAACCACCAAAACAGCCCAAGGCGCCACCACCAGCCGAGCAGCUACUGACCCAAGAGAACUUCGAGUGGGAACUGAAAGCGUUAGCUGAAAAAGCAAAGGAAGAGACUUGGGGAAGAUGGGCGAAAGAGCAGGGUUGGGUCCUGGUUCGAUCCGGGACGCUGCUCACGCUGGCCGCCGUGUACUCGAACGUCUCUCAACUCACAUUAUCGCCCGUUUACGGCUCCAUACCAUCAUCGAUAUGGCAUUCAAGAGCAGUCAUGACCGCGUGUUUCAUUGGAUGGUCAUCGAAUCUCUUUAUUCGGAGGAGACUACCUCUCAAGCCGCAGCAGCUUCUGCCCCUCAUUGCGGCCUACAUCCCCGUGAUGCAGUUCUUCCUGUUCAAGAUCAGUGGCACUAUGGGAGCGCUGUUUGGACCUCUUGUCAUUGAAAUGUUCACUUUCUUGCCGUUGCUGUUACUCUCAGUCUCAAGUACAGCCACCAUUCUGGACGACUUGGAGAUGAGCAUUGGCAGAUUUCAAUGGCUGUCAGAUGCAAUGCCGGGACUCAGCGCGUAUGCGUUUUUCAAGGGAAUGGAGUAUUACUCCCGCAAUGUCCUCCAGCAGACAAUUGGAUCCAGCUUUUUACACACUCGACUGGGCUGUCAGAUAUGGCUUGCUCAUCUUUACGCCAUCUUUGCUCCCUCAAAACUACUUUAUUACACCAUUCCAGCCAUUCUGCAUACAGCAUUCUUCAAUGUUCACGUGCCGUAUUCUUACACGACUUCUUUACUGAACUCGACGAUGGCCAGAGAGGGGUGGACUCUUCUUGCCCGUCGAGAAUCUCUGACGGGUUAUAUGUCAAUCCUUGAGAGCCGCGAGCAGGGAUUCAGGGUUAUGAGAUGUGAUCACAGUCUUCUGGGUGGUGAGUGGUUGGUGAAGUCGGACAGGAACCUUCUGGCAGAGCCUAUUUAUGGGGUAUUUGUGAUGUUGGAAGCAGUGAGGCUUGUGGAAGUGAAGAAGUCUGUCCCUGAUUCAGAGGCAAAGGCCUUGGUGAUAGGAUUGGGGAUUGGGACGACCCCUGCAGCAUUAAUGGCUCAUGGAAUCGAGACUACCAUUGUCGAAAUCGAUCCCAUUGUCCAUGAGUAUGCAACCAAAUACUUCGGACUCCCCACAAACCACAAAGCAGUGAUCGAAGACGCUGUCUCCUACGCGGCCUCUAUCGCCCAAACAGAAGAAAAGUAUGAUUAUAUUGUGAACGAUGUAUUCACGGGCGGUGCAGAGCCGGCCGACUUAUUCACAUCGGAAUUCCUCUCAGAUCUAAACACCAUCUUGAAACCAGGUGGAGUAAUCGCAAUCAACUACGCUGGUGACCUCCUCCUGCCAUCAGCACGCAUCAUCGUGCAAACCAUCAAAACCGUCUUCCCAACCUGCCGCAUCUUCCGGGAAUCCGCCGCCCCCUCCACAGAGCAGAUCUUCCAAGACGGGCGCGAUUUCACUAAUAUGGUUAUCUUCUGUACUAAUGCUGCCGAUGAUGUUAUAUUCAGAAAGCCGACUGAGAAAGAUAUGUUAGGCAGUGGUGCCAGGAAAAUGUUUUUGUUGCCGACACAUGAGGUUGAUCAGAGUGUUUUUGCACUGGAGGAGAGCGAUGGGGGAAUCUUGAGCAGUAAUGAUACGGAGAGGUUUAGGGGGUGGCAGGAGAAGUCUGCCAUGGGGCAUUGGGCUGUGAUGAGGACGGUUCUCCCGGAGAAGGUCUGGGAGAACUGGUGAGCAGUUUUUGAACGGGCAGACAGAAUCGGAUGGCUAGAAUAGACGAUCUAGGAACGAGGUCCAGUGUACAGUACCUGUCAGCACUCCAUUUUGAGUUUCGUGGGUGUGCCGUGUACCAGGUCCAUCUCAUGUUAUACAGCGCAAGCGCGUCU